GACAUGAUUAUAUCUUCUUUUCCAACUUCCAUGUGGUUUCUGAUAUCUUUGACUUCAAUUUUCAAAAACAUUCCUCAUUUGCAGGUAUCAGUGAGAUUACUCUUUUGGAGCUUAUCGCUCAAACACAUAGAGUAAGAAGUCUUUGUUUGAGGGAAACUCAGCUUGACGACAAUUCUCUCUACAAAUUUUCAGGAUCGUCACUCGAGAUGCUUGAUGUAUCUGAUACUAAGGUUUCUUGCCAUGCAGUGGGUCAUGUUGUCCGCAGAAGUCCUCAUCUUAAGUGCUUGAUUGCCAGAGGCUGCAGGCAUCUAUUACAGGAGGAAAAUAAUAUUCUAGAGAACUUUCCUACUUUGUCAUAUAACUGUCCUGUAUUGUAUUAUGAGCUUGGAAAGUCCUGCAAUUUGGAGGAAAUCUCACUUGGUUGGGGAUUCUCAUUCUUUUCAUUGGAGACCCUGCGGCCAGCAAUUAAAAUGUUGAAGACAUUUAUUGUUGGUUUAGGUGGAUCUUUAGGUGAAGAUGGGCUCAAGCUGGUACCCACUUUUUGUCCUUGGCUAGAGACUUUGAUUCUUUAUUUCCAGGUAAUAUCUGAUUCUGUUGUAAGAAAUAUCUUGGAGACCUUAAAAAACUUGCAAGUGUUAGCUCUUUGCUAUUGCUUUGGUGAGAUUUCCUCACUAAGCUUCCAGUUCAGUGCACCGUGUUUGAGGAAAUUGAAGCUUGAAAGAGUAACAGCACAGAUGACCAAUGAUGAUUUACUUACCCUUGCUCAGAAUUGCAUGAACAUAACUGAGCUUUCGCUGCUGGGAUGCAGAUGUCUCAAUUCAGGUUUGCACUACUCUCAAGAACAUCUUGUUUGAAUUUUUAUGAGGUUU